CAUUUAAGGACAGGGUACGUGACUUGGAGCCGUGCACUUAUUUUCAUGCGCUACUUCCGUAUUUUCCAAUGCGCAAUUGAGAGGAGAAAUUCGACACGCAAGAGCGAGUUCUUCAUUCGAAAACUUCAUGAUUGAAGACCUGAAUUGCAAUUUUUGAGAAGUUUCUUCCGUGACAGACACGCACAGUCAAACAUGAGUAGGUUACAGUGGGCCUGUCAGAAUGGCGACAUGGAACAACUGACGAAAUUAAUCGAAGAAGAUGGCGAGGAUGUGAAUCAGGUUCUUUCACAAGGCAGGAGGCCGCUGCACAUCGCGGCCGACUACGGACAGACGGAGGUCAUCAGGAAAUUAACCGAAAAUGGUGCAGAUGUCAAUGCAGUUGACAAAAACAAUAUAAGUGUCUUACUGGCUGCAAUUUUCGAGGGGCAUACGCAGUGUGUUGACUAUCUACUUCAGAAGGGUGCUAAGAAAGACGGAAAGUUUAACGGCGAGAGCUACAUCGAGUUGGCAGAGAAGAACGAAAUCAAAGAACUUCUGAAGUAACACUCUUUUGUUUUUUGUACUGGUAAUUUUUUUUUCUGAGUUUAUAUUAUGCACUUGUACAAAAUGAGGCGAAAAGUGGCAGUCUAUGCAUUCUGGAGACUAUAUCAUUGUAGGGCCCAAAGCCUUAAAGCUAGAGUACAUGUAGAUCUUCUUUUUUUUUGAAGCAACAAAAGGGCUCAAAAUCUAAAGAAGGGUGCUUAUUACAACUGAUCUGAUGAAGUUUUAGCUCAGUGAAUGCUGUAUAUUCCAAGAAAACAAUAUUAUAGGAUCCCGAUUUCAAUUCAAAAGUUGCCGAGUCACAUUUUGAAUUGCGCCCGAAAUCAGCAUCCGGAACACGAUCUCAUUCAGCUAAUUUCAGCUAUAAGCUGUCACGCACUGAACCGACAAAUAAUAGCAACUGCGCGCUGUGUGUCGUGACAACGCUUGCGCACACCCGUUCACAGAUUCACCAAAUUACAAAUCAACUAUUAACUGAGAUUUCCAAAUACUUGGAAAUUUGGAAAUUGCCUUCUUUUAUUGUUUUCUUCAAAAUAACAGCAUGCCAGAAGGAAUAAUUUCACAGGGAGUUUAGCACCAUUUACUAUCUUGGAACCAAGUAAGCCUUUAAACAAUAAUUAGGUCAGUUGCUUUUUGGAUAGCUGCAAAUGGAAUACUCUACCUUUAAAGUACAUACAUUUUUUUGUAUUUGUGCAAUUUUAGGUCAACUCUAAAAAUGUGUAAUUUCCUUGGGUUUGUCAUUUUCUUUGCAUUUUUUUUCUAAAAAAAAAGGAACAGAAGUGGUGAAUUUAGAGAUUUAAAAGUGUUUUGGACUAAAAUCGGCAACAGUUUGAGUUAUCAAUCUACGUACGUAUGUUUAGUUUUAAAAAAACCUGUUAAAGCCAGAUUUUGUACCAAAAAGUUCUGUGCGUGUUAAUCGAAUUAUGUCUCAAAGUGCUGUUGCGAGAAUUUUGCUAUCAUAGUUUUAGUAAAUCUGUGCAAAAUUUCACAUUUGCCUGCUCAAGUAUGAGUCUUAUCAUGUAACUAUGAAAUACUCAUAUUUUUAUGACAUUUUUCUGAUUCUAGAACAGAAUUACACAAGAGCUUAGAUCCUUCUAAAAAGAACAGGCAGAUUUAAUCAAAUUAAUCUGGAGA